GGGCAAAGCCCUACAUUUGGGCGUAUAACAAAAAAUCAAUUCUCUUUCCCUUCUCCCCAGAGCUCUCUCAGGAUCUCCCAUGGCGGAACCAAACCCUAUCAUCGGCCUUACAUGGGAACCCAAGUUACCUGGCCUUCCAGCAUCCGCCGCCAGCAAACAGAAGCCGCAUCAUUCCCAUUCUCCUGAAACCAGCUCCGCCCUCUACAGGCCACGUUCAGAACUCAUCGACGGCCUCUAUGUGCCGCCCAGUGAUCCCAAAAAGCUCAAAAAGUUACUCCGGAAAGAGGUCAAAGACACUGCCGGCAAGAAUUGGUUUGACAUGCCUGCCCCGACCAUUACUCCGGAGCUCAAGAAGGAUCUCCAACUCUUGAAGAUGAGGGAUGCUUUUGACCCCAAGAGACACUAUAAGAAAGGUGAUUCAAAAUCAAAGACACUUCCCAAGUAUUUCCAGGUGGGCGUUGUGAUCGAACCAGCUUCAGAAUUCUAUUCUAGUAGACUUUCUAAGAAGGAGAGAAAGGCAACUCUUGCAGAAGAACUGCUUUCUGAUACAAACCUUGUCGAAUAUAGGAAACGCAAGGUCCGGGAGAUUGAAGAACAAAAGCGGCCAGGUGGAGUAGAUAAGUGGAAGAUAAGAGGCCAACAGUCCAGGAAACGCGCAAAGCAUAGAAGACACUGAUUGUUACACCCAUUGCAAAGCAAAACAUCAAUGUUCUUUGAUUCAGGCCCCUCGAAUUGUCAAACCUGCACUGAAUCCUCAUAGCUUUGAUAGAUAUGGGAGGAAUCUCUAGCGCACCAUAGUGGCUUAUGAUAUAUGUAUUUGCCUUCACAUGAAACAGUAAAAAAUUUUGUGUACUAAUGCUACAUUUUUCUUUAAAAAAAAGCUUUGUAGUCCAUUUU